GUUUGUUUUAAGCGGUGGCUGUGUCUUCUCUCUCAGGCUGUGGAUUAUGUGGAUGCGUCUGCACGAAUGCCAAGUUAACGUCUUCUUUUUCGGAUCUUGAAUGCUUUCAGAGCUCACUUUUGGAAACUUAAUCUGAACUUUGUGAGAAGAUGGACAACAAGGAGGUAUCAAAGAGCUGUUCUGUCAGUGUUCUGUCCUGGGAGCAGGUGAGCCGGCUUAAUGAAGUCCUGACAGAGGUUGUGCCUGUUCAUGGACGGGGGAACUUCCCUACCUUAGAGGUGCGCCUGAAAGACAUUGUGGCAUGGGUGCGCUCACGCCUAGAGCUGAGUGGCAUUAGAGUAAAGGACAUACGGCUCAAUGGCUCUACAGCCAGCCAUGUGCUGGUCCAGGAUAUUGGAUGGAGCUAUAAGGAUCUGGACGUCAUCUUCAGGGUGGACCUGCCACAUGAGGCAGAGUUCAGGCUCAUUAAAGAUGUGGUGCUGGGUACCCUGCUGGACUUUCUGCCUGAGGGUGUGAACAAAGAGAAAAUUACACCCAUGACUCUGAAAGAGGCUUACGUCCAGAAGCUCGUGAAGGUCAACACAGAACAGGACCGCUGGAGCCUCAUCUCCCUCUCCAAUAAUAAUGGCCGCAAUGUGGAGCUGAAGUUUGUGGACUCAAUACGCCGGCAGUUUGAGUUCAGUGUGGACUCCUUUCAGAUAGUGCUGGACUCCAUGCUGGCCUACUACGAGCUGGCACAGACGCCCAUGUCACAGGCAUUUCACCCCACUGUGAGUGGGGAGAGCAUGUACGGGGACUUCAACAUGGCACUGAGCCACCUGCGGAACAAGCUCAUUGACACCAAGCGGCCUGAGGAGAUCCGAGGCGGCGGUCUGCUGAAAUACUGCAAUCUGCUGGUGCGGGACUUUCGGCCUGCCAGCGAGGAGGAGUUCAAGGGCCUGGAGCGGUACAUGUGUUCACGCUUCUUCAUUGACUUUCCAGACAUUGGUGAGCAGCAGCGCAAGGUGGAGGCCUACCUCCAGAGCCACUUUAUAGGUGAGGAGAAGAGCAAGUAUGACUACCUCAUGAUCCUGCGGCGAGUGGUCAACGAGAGCACGGUGUGCCUCAUGGGCCACGAGCGGCGGCAGACCCUCCACCUCAUCUCGCUGAUGGCCUUCCGAGUGCUGGCAGAGCAGAACGCCAUCCCAGACGCGUCCUGCGUCACCUGCUACUAUCAGCCAGCGCCUUACGUCCGAGACCACAACUUCAGCAACUAUUAUGUGGCUAACCAGAACAUUCCAACAUGGCUGCCAUGUAACUGACAAAACAAGCAAGUGGAAGGAUGUACAAGAGGGCACUGCUGCUGCUGCUUUUGAGAAGAGAGAAGGCAUAAAAAAAACUCCCAAAAAAAUUUAUAUAGAGGCAAUAAAUGCUAUGUUCCUCUCAAGGCACAAUUAUGUUUAAGUGGACAAGUGUUUUGCUUUGUUUUUUGCAAUCCUUUCUCAUUCCUUAUCUACAGAGGUGUCUAGGUCAUUGAAUAGAAAGUGAUAUUUUUUAAGUGUUAUUUAGAUUUUUUUUUUUUUUUUUCUCUCAUCAUGUUUGGUUGUUUCCCUGUUUAUCAACCUUAUUCUUAAUGGAGUUGUGUUUUGUGCCUUAACCUCCAGGUUUACCCCCCAGUAAUUUAAGUAUGGGCUGUUUUUGAAGUAAGGGAAUAAGAAAAUGUUAGAGCCUUAAAUUUGGUUUUCUCCUGUGAUUAAAGAAAAAAAAAAAAAAAAAAAGUGUGAAAAGGCAGAAAAAAAUACAGAAAAUAUGAAAAAUAGUGUUAUUGGGGGAGGGGCAGUAGUAUUAAAGGUUUUCGUCCCCAAAAAAAAUAAAAAAAGCAGAGCACUGGUGUUAAAAUGUUUAGGUCACUGGGGAGGGAAGAAAUGUGGUAUAUGAAUAACUUUUGGUCACAUCACAAGUGAAGGGGAAGUGAGAGGAAUCAAUUUGUUUUAAUUAUUUUUGAGACGUAAGUAUCGCUCACAGAUGUUAGUGCUCUCCCUAAUAUGCCGGCAGUGCCUGUGAUUUGUAAACAAUGCGAGAGAAAAUGUGUGUAUUUUUAUUUCCACUGUGAAUUUCAGUAUAGGGGAAAUAUACAAGCUCCCCUCCUCCCCCUCUAUCCAGUUUUCUCAGCCCUGUACUUUCCAGUCGAGACUUGCUUUGAGUGGAAAUCUGCAGUGAGACAGUUCAGGCCUCAGAUAGACGGGGCUCCUGUGUGUCUGAGGACUUUAUUUUUCCCUGUUUUCAAGUCACUUCCAAAGCCACCACCAGUGACCUCCAGAUGUCACAAUCCUCUGGCUAUUGUUGGAGGUUGGCCCUCAGGUCAGAGUGAACAUGGGCCUGUUGACAGAAUGCCUCACUGCCUGGAGCAAGAGCUGGCUGGGAGUCCUGGAGUGACAGGCUGACUGGCUGUCCCUUCCCUUAAAAGGAGCAGCACAUGGUGGGCCCGCAGGGUCGUCCCUCACAACCAUUGCAGGCUCGACAGCAGCUCUGAAACGGGAUCCUCCUCUGACUCAGCACAGAGUCUGACUCUCCAACUACAGGCCGACUAUAAUUAUCCUCCUUUUUUCCCAGGGGAGGUACCUUCAGAGUACGGAACCAGGGAUGGGUGUGUUAGCAGCAGCAGCAGCAGCAGCAGCAGUCCUGCAACCUUACAUGUGUGGGAGCUGAAUCACUUCCUGUCCUCCCCUUUCUGGUGUCUGCUGGGACCACAUAGUGUUCAAACCCCUUUUGUGGUCAUGGGAGGACAGACACCUCAGAGUUCGACUGGUAUGUUAAGAGAAACGCCAGCAUGUCUGCUAGAGGGAUACCUCUCCCCUUUUGGACUAGCAUAUUGAUUUAUCGUGGAAUCUACAACCACAAGGCCCCUCACACCAGCUGUGAUGGAGUUGCCCCCCACCCCCACAUCAACCCCCAACCCUAUGAAUUUCUAUUUCUAGCCAAGCCUAUUAUUAUCUGUGAAUUUUGAGCAUUUGCAGUGUGGCAUUACUAGCAGACGGGCUAAGCUGUGACUUCAACCUUUCAUCUCUCCUCUUCCCUUCCCUGACAACAUCACAUCCAGGUUUGAGAGGAGAAAAGUUGUUCUUAAACUUCUUAUUUAAGUGGCAGCUGCUGUGUGUCAUCCCCCCUCGCCCUCAGUUCCUCAGAAGCCCUGGCUUAUUCCUGCGCACUGCAUUGCUGCUGCUGCGGCGGCGGCAGCUCAUGUUAAUACCAGAUAACCAGGAGCGUCUCUUAUCGGGCUGGCUCACAGCUCCUGGCUGGAGAAUAGUUAGUGGAAGGUCAGCCCGGCCUCUUUUGCAGGUCACGCCUGGGGGUCAGGGUAUGAUGUGCUGGCUCAGAUGCUGAGUUUUGGUAUGGGAACUGCCAUAGCCUUUUUAACAACAUGUGAGGUGCCACAUACUUUCUCACUCUGGACCAAAGUCUGCUUUACAACCAGCAACUGAAGCACUCAAGUGCCUAUCACUUUUUGGAGAGUGAUGUAGCUUUUUAAAGGGUUUUUUAAUGGCGAUCAGGAGGGAAAGGGUUAGCAAUUUUUUUUUUUUUUUUUUUUUUUUUUUUUUUUUUUCUGCCCCUUUUAAACCCUGUGAAACUGAAUUAUGAUACAAGCCUCAUCAUUGUAUUUUGAAACUAGUUUAUGGGAAGAUGAACACAUUUUUGGGGGUAGCAAAAUAACUUUGGUUUGAAUUUGAAAUUUGAGUUUUGUUUUUUUGUUUUUUUUUGUUUUAGUUUCAGUCCCAAAUCAUACUUCUCUGUGAAACCCUUGUCUAGUCAUUCCCGUUGGUCUUCUCAACCAUUUUGUUUUACUCCCUCCUUUGUCUUUUCCUACACGUUUGGGCCUUGCUGUCACUAGCAGCCAUGUUGACUUCAGUCUCACAUCAAUGCCUUUGAAAUCCAACUUUUGACUCAUUCUGAUUGUUGAAACAGAUGUUAUAUAUUUACGCCCUUAAUUUGAUGGACCGCCAAGCAUUGCAGCUCUGCCUGCUCCGACACAACCGGGCUAAAUUUGUUUUGCUGACAGUUCUGUCCCCAUCCAAACCAAAGCAAUACCUGAAGUGCACUGAUGAGCCAUACCGUGGCACAGUAGCUGGAGGUCACUCAGCAGAGACCCCGUACUAACAGAAGCACUUUAAAGAGGCCUUGUUUUACUCCAAACCCAGCCACCUGAGAGGAAUGUAAAUAAGCUAAUGUUGUCAAUUGCUGAGGGAGUUGAGCUGGUUCUCAGGGACAUACUGUGUUUUUGCGGGCUUUGUUUUGUCCCUUUUUUGUUUUUGGGAGGGUGAAUUGGUUUAAUUUCCCCCUGACAUUGAGACAUCACCUCCUAAUAUUCACCUUCAUUUUGUGUCUAUUGUUCUCUCUGUGUUAAUUUUAACACUGACUCUCCUCUUCUUACCAAAACUAAAGGUUCUUAUUAUUUAGGGUACAUCAUACCUGAAGUUGGAGGCAGCCAGCAGACUUCAGCUUGCUCCGGCCUGACAGCAGUGCUGGGUUUUUAUCUGUGCAUCCAGAUGCUCUGAAACCUCGUAAUCACUCAGUGGAUAGUCCCCUCCCAGGUUGGUGCUAACAGAUGGAUUUAUCACCACACUCGUAAGCCUAAGAUGAUCUUUGCUUUGUUUGAAAGCCAGGGGACAAAACAUUGAUUUAGUGCUGAAAUCCCUUUCAUGGAAUGGCAGCCCAGAAUCUCUCGAUCAUUCCCCAGUUUAAUUCUUCUCUGAGUGAAGAUCAAUUGAUUUUUAUCAGAGCUUGGAGCCACAUUCAAAACCAGCAGCCCGGUUACGCUGCGGCUCACAGUUGCAGGUCGAAGUCUGCUGAGCAUGAUCAGGUCUAGUCUCUUGUUGGGCUUCUUCUUCUUCACAUCGCUCGCUUUAAAAUAAGUCACGAGUGAGGUCAAAGAAAAUGCAAUGAACAAAAACUUGCAUUUUCCAGACAAGUCGAUGGUGAAUGUAGCCUAGAAUGUAAAUCCUCUACGUUGUUUGUGUCCAACCUAACUUUACGUGUUUACGGUUAUUGUGGCUUUUGUUUUUUCUGACGACUGAACUUGUGUUCCUGUUUAUGAAAGCUUUACCUUCCCCACUAGAUGAGAGUGGGAUGCAGCAGGGCUCAUAUAAAAUCACUUCCUUCGUCAGAGUUGGCAUAUGUAUGUCGAUGUACACAUUUUUUGUGAAGGACAAUGUGGAAAAAGAAAGAGGAUGAAGUGUAUUUUGCUUUUCUUUUUUUUCCUUUUUUUUAAAUUUUUUUUUUUAUAUAGAUAUUCUGCCCCCGCUUUUUUCUGCUGUAAACUUGUCCUUGCUAUUGAUCCUGUUGCUUCUCACUCACCUCGCCUUUGGUCGCCCACACUUGUUUGGGCCUUUGUUUAUUAGUACGGUGUGUUUUUUCUCUUUGACACCUGUAGAUGUAUUUUUUUGGAGGGGGUGCAGAGAAAGCUGUGGAUUAGAUAUUUAGUGGUCACGCUUGUCUGAAGUACAAGUCUUACACCAUAGGAAUGUGACGGAGGCCCUCUGAAAGCUCUCCUGCAAUUUCUAUAUGAAGAGUUGUGAAAUCCUUUUUUUUUUUUUUUUUUUUUUUUUUUUUUUUUUUUUUUUUUUUGCAGCAGAUUUGUUUACGUUAAUGUGUGGAGAUGUGUGUGUGCUCGUUUGCAUGUGUGUAUGAAGGGAUGCCUGUGGAAAUACAAGUUUAAAAAGUGGGGAAAAUAUGACAUUUGUGGCACUAUAUAUAUAUAUAUAUAUAUAUAUAUAUAUAUAUAUAUAUAUUUUUUUUUUUUUUUUUUUUUGAAAUAGUUAAUGCAAAAGAGCUUUUUUGUCAGCUUUGUGAUUGUGACAGUGACUUUGAUGGUUACAACCAUUAUACUAUUUCAUUUUUCAGCACUUUUACCUCACUUGAGUUUUUCCUUUGAAUGGAAAUGUACUUGUACAUCAGGAAAAUGUGUUUGAAGAGGAAAUAAUGAAUAAAGAGUAUUAAAUGCAA